GCGGCGGUCAGCCGAGGGUGGGGUGCGCCAGUGCUGGGGUCGGUGCGCAGACAUGCCCCGAAGGAGGCUGGAGGCUGCCCUUGCAGCGCUCAGUGUAGGUCCAACUCCCAAGGGUGUGGGGAGAGCGCGCCCUACGCUCUAAUGGAGACGACAGACUCUGGAGUAGGAAUUACAGAGCUGGUGCGAGCCUCGCCCCUGCCGCUGACCGGCUCUUGAUCAUGAAUACGCUACUUGUGGAAGUCAGACCAAAUAGCAGGAAGGUUUUGCAGCAAGAUGGAUGUGAGAAAGGACCAGUCUCGCUUGAUGCUCCAUCAGACACCUGAUUCUCAUCAAGAAGAGAGCCGUGUUCCAGAAGUCAUUGGAACUUGGAGUUUGCGAAACAGAGAGCAACUCAGAAAAAGAAAAGCCGAAGCUCAAGAAAAGCAGUCUUCACAAUGGCAGUUUGGAGAGAAAAAACACAAGCGGCAGAGAACAGGAAGAGGAAAUCAAAGAGGCCGAAAGAGACAACAAAAGACAGAACUGAAGGCGGAGCCUGGGUCACAUUUAGAAAAGGAAAUUAUGGAGAAAGCUCUGGCACUUACGGAGAAAGAAAGUGAACCACCUAGGAGUGUAACUGAAGCUCUCCCCUCGGGGGCCUCCCCCCAAAGAGUUGUGCCUGAGAAACAUUUUUCUGCAAUAGAUCAAGAAAGCAUUAUACAUCAGGAAAGCUCUUCUGAGUACCAAGAAACAGUGGUACAAAACCACCCUUCUGACAUAUGCCAAGACAGGGCUGGACCCGAAGACCUCUCUCCUAAAAGGUGCCCAGAAACAGCUGUUCUUCAAGACCAUCCUUCCAAAAGCCACCAUGAUACGACCGAGCCUGAAGACCUCUCUCCUAAAAUGUGCCAAGAAACAGCUGUAGCCAAAGCCCUUCCUUCUAAAACAUCUGAAGACGUAGCUGACCUGGAAGGAUGCUCUCUUGAAGCAUACCCCAAACCAGAUGUACCUAAAGGCUAUGCUCUUGAAGCAUACCAAAAAAGAGCUGAACUCGAGGAAUACAAUUCUGCACCAGGUGAAGGAGUAGCGGAGACUGAAAGCUUCCUUCCAAAAACACAAGAAACAGCGGUGCCUAAAGACCUUUCUACAAAAACAUCCCAAGAAACAGCUGAACCCGAACAGUUUUCCCCUAAAACAUAUAAAGAAAUCACUGUCCCUAAUGCCCCCUCUCAUAAAACAAUCCAAGAAACACCAGCUCCUGAAGAAUAUCCACCUGAAAUGUACCAAGAAACACCCGGGCAAGAAGAAUACUCACCUGAAAUAUACCAAGAAACCCCUGGGUAAACCCCUGGGUGUGAAGAAUAUUCACCUGAAAUAUACCGAGAAACGCCUGGGCCUGAAGACUGCUCACCUGAAAAAUAUCAAGAAACACCUGGGCCUGAAGACCUCUCUACUAAGACAUAUAGAAAUAAAGAUCUGUCUAAAGAACACUUUCCAGAACCAUACCAAGAAACAGGUGGGCCCCAAAGCCAGGAUCCUAAAGCACACCAGGAAGAUGCUAAGGAUGUUUCCACUUUUCCUCAAGAAAUUAAAGAACGCAAAGCAGAAGAACCAGAGACACCAGCAAUUCCAAACAUUCCUCAAGAGCUUCACCCAGAAAAUGACGUCCAUAGUUACGUUUUGUUUUAACAAAUGCUCAACUAUCAUAGUUGUCCAACAAAAUACACAUCUUAAUAUACUAUAUGUGUGAUUUUCUCAAAUAUGGUAAAAAUCUCUACAAUACUCAUUAAAAUUUUAACAGUAUUUUUCCCCGAUGUAUAGACAAUAGCUGAAAGAGAGAACUCAAGUGUUUUUCAGGCUCUACCACA